AUGACGUACCAGGGGAGAGCGUACGUCUUCGACUCCGUGCCGCCGCAGAAGGUUGAGACCAUCCUCAUGCUUCUAAACGGCUACGAGCUUGCUCCUGCUCAGAGCGCGAGACCGCAGCUCACCCACCUGGUGCAGCCGAUCGUCGUGCCCCGGGACUUCGACCGGACGGCGGCCGUGUCGCGGUACCGGGAGAAGAGGAAGAGCACGCUCAAGUUCGACGUCAAGGCCGACUACUCCAUCCGGAGGGAAAUCGCCUCCAGCUGCGCCAACUGCGGGGAGAGCAGCGAGGCGACGCCGAUGAUGCGGCGCGGCCCCAGCGGGUACCGGACCUUCUGCAACGCCUGCGGCCUGAUGUGGGCCAAGAACAACAAGAUCAGGAAGCUCACGAGCGCGGCUUGCUGCGGCGGCGGGGCGGUGAGGUUGCAUGCGUAUUUGCUGCACACCGACACGUCCGUACAACCGGGUAGCAGGUUGACUGGUUCUUCUUCAGAAGAGUGCCACACUGCCUGA